UUUUGUUUAGUUCGUCACAAUGAUUUCGCCUAUGAUAGCUCUUCUGUUUUGUGUUUGCUCGAGUGAAUAUGUUGUGUCAGAAAAAUUAUCUGCUACUGUCCCUGCGGGUGUAAAAUUCACAAAACUGUUGGACGUUAAAUAUGAAAGUAGAACCAGUUCUUUGAGGAAUGAUUUUGGAAGGUUUCUCUAUCCUCAAACUGAAGAUGAAGAUAUCGAUAAAGGAACCAAAGAUGAAUACUUACAAGUUCCCUUAAAGUUGUCAUUUGGAAUAGAUAGGCAAAAUGGAAUUCAAGAAAACGAAAACACUAUUUCAAGUAUGUUUGACCAAUGUAAAUAUUUGGUAGGUAGAAGUCAAACACCAUUUUGUCGUUUGAAUCUAGUUGCGAAAAAUUCAGAAAAUAAUCAUCCAAGAAGUUGUAGAGAAAUCCUAGAAGCAGGAAACAAUAGAUCUGGUGUAUACCAAAUUAAACCACGUACCAGCAGCAAACCAUUCGCUGUACUGUGUGAUAUGGAAACUAAGGGUGGCGGCUGGACUCAUAUUCAAAAGAGAUUUGACGGAUCACAGGACUUUUAUCUACCUUGGAGAGAUUACAAAUUCGGUUUUGGUGAUCUAUUGGGAGAGUUUUGGAUUGGACUUGAAAAUAUUCAUCACAUGAGUGCAUUCGAUAGAAACGAACUUCUGAUAGAGUUGACAGACACGGACAAAAAUAUUAAUUAUGCACAAUAUUCAACGUUCUCAAUUGGCUGCGAGAAGGACGGCUACCCGCUCAAGGAACUUACUGGAUUCUCAGGCAAUGCAGGGGAUGGCUUAAAAGCCCAUAUUAAUGCAAAGUUUACAACACUGGAUGUGGAUCAGGAUAAGCAUUCUGGAAAUUGUGCACAAAUGUUUGAGGGUGCUUGGUGGUAUCAGGCUUGUUUUGAGAGCAACCUUAAUGGAAAAUAUAUGACAGUCGUUCUUCCUGAUGCAUACAAAGCACAUGGUCUUGAUUGGCAUCCUCUGAAAAACGCACACGAUAAUUUGGCUGGUUCCAGAAUGAUGAUCAGGCCAGUUGGUGAAUAAGCAGUUAGUAGUAAAAGAAUAUAUCGACGCUUGAAAGGUAAAACUGCUAAUACGUCAAUUAUGAAUUUUACAGGAGAACCGUUUAAAAAUUUAAAUUUUAUAAAAAAAAAUUAUAACUUUUGUUGUAAGCUUACUAUCUUGACAAAUCUUAGGAAUAUAAAUGUUUUAUAGUAGAAUGCUUUCAUGGUAUAAAUUUCUAAAAUAAAUAUUAUCUAGUUUUAAAUUUAAUGGCGCAUUAUACAAAGUGAUUCUUGAAUUCAACCAGGAGAAAUUUAUUAUAAACCUAAUGCGUUAUAUAACCAGGUAACUGAAAACGGCUAAUUUACCAAAUAUGAGUAAUUUUAUGAGAAGGUGAAAUGUUUUAUAAUAUAUUUAUCUUAUGAGUGGCUAUUAGAAGUGUCUUUUGGGAAAAUUACUAGAAUAUAGGUCAUUCUCGGUUCUAAAUUCUAAUAUUAUUUUAUUAUAUUAUUUAUUGAAUCAUUAUUAGAUAUUAUAUAGAUAAUUUACAUACAAAAAAAAACAAAAAGAAAUAGUUUAAGUUACUGUAAAAUACUUUAUUUCUACGAAAAAAAUAAGUGAGGUUCAUGACAAAAACGAUAAAAAACACAUCAGCAAUAUUAAAGUUGAACUCAAUCUUCUUCGUCAGUCUCUGAAAGGACAUAAUAUACACUAUUACCUCUAGGUAGAUUUGAAUAUUCAUUAUAAUAUUUUUACAAUACAAAACAAAACUUUUACUAAAAUAAAAAAUUUCAGCGAAAACAGCAUAUUUCUAUCUUGAGCCGUUUAAAAGUUAUAGGCAGUAAAUGUGGGGGAAAAUAUAAGUGGGCACCUGGUACAUCAAUUACUAUUUUACUACCUGUAUCAUAAUGAACUUCAUUAUCAUACAGAUUUUCAUUACGAUACAGAUUUGUAACCAACAGAAUCGCGAUAUGGUAUUCGCGAUGAAGGUGGCACUCGCGCAGUGACCAAUGGCGAGUCAAAUACAUACUUUGAUGGCUUUGACAGUUCUCAAUAUGUAAACAAACUGACAAAUUACUUAAUUUGUUUGCGUUACAAAAUUAAUAAAUUUCAAUAUGUUUUUUGUUGUGAAUGAUCAUAGAAAAAAUCGUGUCUACAUCUUGCAUUUAAUUAUCAUUAUGAAACUCGUACUCUAUACAAAACUCGCCGCUAGUCGGCUCGUUUCGUAUCCCCCAUACUCGCUUCAUAAUGACCAUCAUUAAAUGCUCGUUGCAUAAUAUACUAUUAUGACUCUCUAAUUUUUGUGUUGUAAAUCUUUCGAGAUUUUAAACUAUGAGUUUAUUAUGAGAAUACUAUGUGUAUAAAAAUUAAAUGUUUUAUUGCCAAAACUGCAAUUCACUUAAGCACCAACUUUUAUCGGGAAGAAAUAUUUCUAAGAGAUUUAUAAUAUAACAUUUCUCAUUUGCCGCGAACAUUUUGGCUCACAAUGUACAUGUAUAUAUACCUACCAUAAAAUCGAGUUUCUGUAGGUAAAGUCAGAAUUAAAAAAAAAUGUUAUUUACUUAACAGACAUAACUAAUUUAUAUAUUUAUAAGUGUUUUUCGCAAAAUAUUAAUAAACCAUGUUUUUACUUCUGUGUUGAUGUUAUGUUUGAAAUUUUGUUUGGAAAUAGUUUCUAUCUUUGGAAAGACCGUCUUCGAAGUGGAUAAUGUAGCACGCUUGAUAUUAUUUUAAACAGAUAAAAUUUACAAUACGUCACCUGUACCCGUAACUGAUGUAAACAAAACUGUUAAGCACCACUAUGCAAAAAUAUUCUGCCAUAUGAAAUAACUAACACGGUUUUAAGGCUCCAAUACCUGAAAGUAAAAUUGAGUUAUUUACUAGAAUCAAACGUGGUGGGUGUAUUAUACGGCUGAUAACAUAUUUUUGUAUAAAAAUUUGGCGCAUAAAACAUAGCUGCCUUCAAAACCAUCCCAAAAAUAAAAUGUUUAUUAGGCCAAAAAAGUAUAUAGUUCAAACAGCAUAAAUACCCUUUAUACAUACGUAGAAAAAUUCACUGAAUCUAAUGGUAUAUAAAGUCUAUUUUACAAAAAGUGGCGUAUUAUACCGUGGCGUACAUUUUACCUUUCAAGCGUCGAUAUGCAAUAUUAAAUUUGUGCCUCUAUAUAUAUUUUAAAUAAAUAUAAAUAUUUUAAUAUAGUUUUUAUGUAUG